GCGGUGUUUCGUGUGCUGGUGAGUGGUGGUGCCAUAAUGCUGUGGGCCACGUGCAAACGAGACUGACGUGACAAACAUGGAACGACGUUAGUGUGCCGUUCCUGCCACGCCGGAAAAAAAGGUAAAAGAAAGCUGAGAGGUCUCAGAGGACGCCGGUUAGCUGGUGAAUAUCCUUAGUGCCUACGUCCCCGAGUUCAAUGUCUUUUUGUGUGUGUGUGUGUGUGUUUUGUACUAACAAAAGUGCCUCGAUGCUGGACAUUGUGUCGUGCAACGCCACCACUCACUACGGUUUCGAGUGGAUCAAACACGGACGUCAGCCGGCGACGUACUACGAGGGCAUGUCAACUACGUACGCACAUACACGAAUGAUCGGAUGCGGAUAUGAAAGUGAGCCAGGGCUGCGGACGGAUACAGAGGACAUGGCAAAAGUUUCAUCCGCGCGCGGUUUUAAAUAAGGCAGGACAGCUGCCCAGGGAUGAAGCAGGUACAUGGACCUAUGACGUCAUCACCAGCGUUGGAGGAGCUACGGAAACGACAGACGCCAGUUCGCCACUCCAAGUUGGCUGCCCGAUGUGCGAACCCCAGUCCGUCCACGCCACCUGGUUGGAACGCCCUCCGGAACUGCCACUCUGAACAGGCCUCCAAACGCCGCACCCGCCGCCAUCCCAUCCAAGCCUGGGGGUCAUUUUCCCCCAACUUGUCAUUCCCUCCUGGUGGGGCCCGACGCGGAGGCCCUCCCCCAAAUGGCCCCAUGGGGGACCCGCGCAAGUGUUCCCUGAACAAGCUGCGCGGGGAUACCCUGUGGUCCCUGAGCUACAGCUUGCCCGGCAGUGUACCCGGUCUGCAGCCGGCCCACGGUGGCAGCACCAACCUGCUCAGUGGCAGCUGGGUCUUCUACGGGGGACUGGGACAGGGCACACCCACAUCAUUGCUUAAUCCGCAGAAGGCGGUGCUCACAGUUGAUGCUGCUACUACACAGAUCCUGACAGGCAACAAAGCAGCUUGCUCUCUGCUAAAAGUGAUGAGCACUCAGCUGAGCAGUAAGCAACUGUGCAACUUUCUAGUCAUGAAAAAAGGGCAGUAUGCCCUCACCGAGCCCGAUGUCACCGCCUCGGGGGAAGUUGUGGUCAUCGCUGGCAAAGUGAUGGACCUCGUCGAUAACGACGGUGAGGUGGUUCCAGUAUCCGUGUGGAUGAGGCGGCUGGGACCGGACUCUGAACCUCGCUGCUUGGUCGUGAUGGAGCCAGUACAAAGGACUACAGCUACUGUUGUGUUUGAUGCGGAUAAAGGCAAAAUCACUGCUGCCGACAAAAGUCUGGCUCUCCUGUGUGGUUAUUCAAGCGGCUCAGAUUUGGAAGGAAUGAGCAUCACAGAGCUGAUUCCUGCGCUUCAGUUACCUACAAACGACGGAGUCCUGAAGACCGUUCGAAAACAGCAGGCAACGGGACGCACACGUGACGGAGGCAGUUUCCCCCUGAGCAUCCUCAUUGAACCGCUCUCUGAUGCUCCAAUCACGCCCAGUGAAGCUCCCUCUGCACCAUGCAGCGAAACCCCUCGUUUGUACAGAGGCACGGUGUGGGUAUUCGCAAACAUCAGCGGGAUGAUCACCAUUUUGCCAGACGGCACCGUUCAUUCGUGCAACUCAAACUUCUCUCUCAUGAUGUUUGGUUACACUCAGUCACAACUACAGGGAAAGAGCAUCACAGCAUUAAUUCCGUCAUUCUACGAUGACUUCGAGUUCCUGGACACGGAUUCUGUUCCAUUGCCCCUACUGGAUGACGAUGAAGAGGACUCCCGUGCGUACAUAGCUGCGGAUGAUCGUGCGGGGUCUGAUUCUGUUGAGCUAUGCAGGCCAUUGAAUCCUACAGGAAAGGGUUGCCGUGUGCAGAAAGUCUCCCACAUGUCGUCGACGUCCUUAGAAGAAAUGGAGCGCUGCUUACAGGGUCUCGCCCUUAGCACCUCGGUAACGUCUGUAAAACCUCACGUGGGAACGUCGGGGUCGUUUCAGCGGUCCACUUCUGCCGCGGACCCCCUUGCACCUCUGCUAGGUCCCUCUGGCGAGUGCUCAGGAGAGGGCCGCCUAAGUGACGUUAACGGCAAUGUAGACCAAACCUGUACAGAAGGCAGAGGUAGCGAUAGACCUCGAUGUAGCAUGAAGUCUUCCAUAAGUGCGGAUCACAUUGAAAUAAGACUUGGUGAGGGCGAUGUGUUUGCCCCUGGUGCAGAAUCUGCAAAGCGUAGCCCAUUACGACAACGUAAGCGAUCGGCAGAGGCGAGCUGCUCUUCUGGCCUUCAGUUGAAGGACCUUGCUGAAGAGGAGGAAGAUGAUGACAAUGGACUUAUCAUUCCUUCAGAACCAGCAAAGUUGUCGACGUCCGAAAGCUUCCAUUCCACGUCGACCGUCACGUCCAGCACUGUUCACAGUACGGAAGAAAAUACGCAAGAAGCUGUCACCGGGGAAAAGGGAACGGACGACACAACUGCGGAGUGUGCACUAAAGCCGGAUCUGAGGACUUUCCGAAGCACUGACUCUCUCUUGAGCAUUUCUGAAGGGUCUUAUUCUGGCCUUGGGAGGCACAAAGAUGGCACAGAUAUUGCAAUUCUUUACCAAGUUCGCCGAGUGGAGCUGGAAGAAGGAUCCAGCAUUUACUGCCUGUGGGUGUCACGAGACAUGGAACUGUACAGCGGUCCACAUUACCCUGCACCGGCUUCUCCGCUCCGCUCACUAACACUGGGUUCGAGUGCUACUUCGUACCUUGAGUCCUCACACCCAACUACGGAUAUUAGCGACUUGGAAAACUUCAAGUCACCGAAACCAGGAGACGAGUCCGUUGAACCCCAAGAGUCUGAGUACACAAGUGGUGUCUACUCCGAUCACUACACAACGCUACAGCAGAUCGGAAAAGGUGCCUACGGCUGUGUCAAGAUGGCAUACAGGAACACUGAUCAUUUACUGGUGAUAACAAAGUUCAUACGCAAGUCCAAAGUCUAUGAAGAGGGCUGGGUGAAUGACCGUCUGAUAGGUCGUGUGGUUCCGAUGGAAGUGAGCCUCCUGACAACCUUCUCUCACCCCAACAUUGUGCACGUGUUGGACGUGUUUGAGAAUGCAGGCUACUUCCAAAUGGUGAUGGAGAAACACGGCUCCGGGAUGGACCUUUUUGAGUUUAUCGACCGGUCACCUCAGCUGGACGAACCACUGGCUUCUUACAUAUUUCGCCAGGUUGUCAGUGCAUUGACAUACCUUCAUAGCCUUCGCAUCCUGCAUAGAGACGUGAAAGAUGAAAACAUCAUCCUCGAUGAACGCUUCAAAGUGAAGCUGAUAGACUUUGGCUCAGCAGCAUUUAUGGCCCCUGACAAGGUGUUCACGACUUUCUGUGGCACCAUGGAAUACUGUAGCCCCGAGGUACUUCAAGGCGACAAGUACACUGGACCUGAGCUUGAAAUGUGGGCCCUAGGUGUCACUUUGUACACGUUAAUCUUUGGGGAGAAUCCUUUCUUUGACGUGGAGGAGACAAUCAGCGGUGUCCUGAAGCCACCUUGUGGUGUUUCCACAGCUCUGUGGGAACUCAUCUCAUGGCUGCUACAUCGUGACCCAAAGAAACGUUGCACUCUGCCAGAAGCAGAAAGACACGAGUGGACGACCCAACCUGUCUGUCCCGAAAGCUACAGGUUUGAAGAUGUCGUCCAUGCCACACCUGAAGAGAUCCAUCCCUCCAAACAUUUUCACCAGGACAGCUCAAUCUACUUGAGCAGCAGCCUGUACGACCUCAAUCGCCGAGGUCGCAGCCUCAGCUGUGGAAGCUCCCAAGCCCACUUGACUGCUUCAACAGACAAGCAGCGUAACUCAUCCGAACUUGCCUACGAUUCGGAGGACAUUUCCGAAGAACUGGACAGCUGCUCUUAAACUCUCCUGCCAUGUGAUCUUCCAUACCGUUUUCUCAGACAGCGCUCUUUGACCUCAUUGGUGAAUUUAUGGUGCAUUUUUUUUAAGGAAAGAGUGGAACUGGAAAAGCCAAUUUUUAGAUGAUAUAUGACGAAAAACAAAUUUGUUCUUAAUGCAGGACUUUGUCAAUGACAAACUAAAUACAAUUUUUCUUUCAGUAAAGAAAAGGCAGGCAUUUUAGAAUCUCUUAUGUAUCUCUGAGCACAGUACGUAGCGGGACACGCACAGAAAAAUUCUUGCAAAUUCUAUAAAUUAGGCUGACAGUGUGGCUAACUUGAGGAACAGAAGCCAAUGCUAUUGUGUGCGCUUGAAUGUAAGGGCAUCUGCUUUCUCACAACUCAGAUUUGUAUUUGGGAAUUCGUAAAUGGGUAUCCAUCAGGAAUGUGCCCAGUGCUCGAUAGUAUACUAAAUACAGAGAUUAUUUCCAUUCGCAUCAGCCACUCAAGAUUAUUUCCAUUCAAGUCAGCAUCAUGCAUUUGAAUUUGCUGUUUUUAUUCAAUUUUAUGAGAUGCAUCCACAAAUGCUGGUGAGGUCAAAGGCCAUGAGCAGUGCAACUUGCAAAUAUUUUUCUCCCUGUAUCUCAGGUUGAUGAGGUAUUUUACCAACGAAGCCAUAAAUUUAGCUUUCAGCAUUCUAUUUUUUAUCAGAUACAAUAACAAUCCCACUAUCUCA